AUUAUAUAUACAUAUAUGCCUCCUGUGUUAUCUAAGAUCUUAGAUGUGAAAUAGUUUAUGUUAAAAUCUACAAAGAGAAAAGUAUGAACAAAUCAAUAAUCCAAUUAGGUGAUCUCAGGAGCUGUAAUAGCAGUGAUUCUGUAUUUACUAAAGAUCAGAUUGACCAAAUCAAAGACUGAAAAUAUGAAAGUGAAGAGAGAUGAAAAAAAAGGAAAGGGCAAUGUCGAUCGUAUGUUCUUAAAGAGGAUUUUGAAAUUACUCAAAAUAGUUAUUCCAAGGUUGAACUCACCAGAAAUUUUGGACUUGGUAUUGCUUACGUAACUUAUUCUCUAAGUAAUAGAGCAUCACUAGUCGCGAGGACAUUUUUAAGUAUCUAUGUAGCUAAUGUAAAUGGGCAAAUAGUCCGAGCAAUCAUUGAAUAAAACUUGAAUAUGUUCUUGUAGAGAAUCUUGAAAUUGGGAGUGGUGGCAAUUCCUGCAUCUUUCGUGAAUUCCUUCUUGGAUUAUUUAAACAAAUCCUUAGCAAUAAGGUUUAGAAAACGAUUAACCCAACAUUUCCAUGAUAUCUACCUCAAUGAUAUGAUCUUUUAUCAAUUGAGUAAUCUAGAUAGUCGAGUUGCCAAUCCCGAUUAAAGAUUGACAGCUGAUAUCGAAAAGUGGGCUAAUUCAUUGUCCUAAAUUUAUUCCAAUUUUUCAAAGCCUGUCUUAGAUAUUAUCUUAUUCUCCAGAAAGUUGGCUGAAUUGGUCGGAUAUUAAGGACCUAUGUACGUCAUUUUGUAUUAUCUGAUAUCUGGAUUUUUAUUGAGAUUCUUAAGUCCACCUUUUGGUAAAUUGACAGCCAUUGAGUAGAGACUUGAAGGAGAUUAUCGAGCAUGUCAUAGUGAUUUGGUGUAUCACAGUGAAGAAAUUGCAUUCUAUAGAGGACAUGCUUGGGAGAAAACAAGAAUCACAAAUUCAUUCAAUAAUUUGAUUGGACACACUGGGUAGAUCAUAUUGAAACGAUUGUACAUGGGAGUUUUUGAUAGUAUGUUGGUGAAAUACGGAGCUGUUAUGGUUGGUUAUGCAGUGGUGGGAUUACCUGUAUUUGGUAGUAGAAGAGAGGAGUAUUUGAAGAGUGUAAAUAAUGAUCCUUCAACAAUUACAAGGGAUUACGUUAGAAAUUCAUCUCUUUUGAUUAAUUUAGCCAAAGCUAUUGGAAGAUUGGUGGUUUCAUACAAGGAAAUCUAGUAGUUGGCAGGAUACACAACUUUAGUGGCUGAAUUAGAUGAAGUAUUGAAGGAUUUGAUAAAUGGUAAGUACAUGAGAACUAUGUUGUAAAGCAAUGAGAAUUAACCAGGAUAUUUUGCAUAGAAAUAAUCAUUGGUUUCAAUGAAUAGAGGUUAGAUCGUUGAAACUGAAAACACAAUCAAAUUUGAAGAAGUCCCCAUUAUAUCACCAAACAAUGAUAUCUUGGCUUAGAAGAUGACAUUUGAAGUAAGAUAAAUGCUUAUACUUAGAUUCAACCAAAUAUGAAUUGCAUUGUGACUGGUCCCAAUGGAUGUGGAAAGUCAUCAUUGUUCAGAAUUUUGGGCGGUUUAUGGCCAAUCUCAAGUGGUAAGUUAUAUAGACCUCAUAUCGAUAAAUUAUUCUACAUUCCUUAAAGACCUUAUCUACCUGCUGGAACAUUGAGGGAUCAAAUCAUCUAUCCACACACAAAAUUACAAAUGUUGAGAAAGAAAGUAUCAGAUGACGAUUUAACAGAAUUAUUGAGACUAGUUCACUUGGAUUAUUUAGUUGCAAGAGAAGGAGGAUAUGAUAAAUGCAAUGAUUGGAAUGAUGUGUUGAGUGGAGGUGAAAAACAAAGAAUUGCUAUGGCUAGACUGUUCUAUCACAAACCAGUGUUCGCAAUCCUAGGUAUAUCCAUAUUUGUUAUUCUCAGAUGAGUGCACCAGUGCAGUUUCAAUGGAUGUGGAGGCUACCUUAUAUUAGACUGCCAAGAUGUUGGGUAUCACUCUCUUCACAGUUAGUCACAGACCUUCAUUGUUCAAACAUCAUGAUUAUAUGAUCUAGUUUGAUGGAGAACAAGGAUGGAAUUUCAAAAAGAUAGAGCAUAGUUCAGAAUGAU